CUGGAAAGAAAAGUGCCAUGCACGCGCAUCGCGGCGCCACCUUGCUCUGCCUCAGCCUUACAUGUAGCAGUAUCCUCCAGCUUAGGAAGGUGAACCGACCUCUUUAGGAGCAUAUUCUUAGACCAGCCUGAGUUUUGCCUGCCCUACGAGCAGCCACAAAUCGUGGCUCACCCCAGUUCUGGCUCUCAACCUUCCAUGCCUCAGCUGCUGCAGAAGGACUGUGAUUCAUCCAUCCAGUAGUCAGAUAUCGGGCCUGACUUGUUAAGUUUCUACCUUGAUAUAGACGUGAUAUCUUUGAUAUAUUGAUAUACCCCUUUUUGUUUGAUCUUGCCGGUCAUCGCUAGCCCGUACAAGCACCGUAAACGACGACGAGCAAAUCUCGUCUUCCGAUCGGUGACAAUAUGUCACAAACGUCAGGGCAACCACCGUUACCGCCACAGCCUACUAGAAGUUAUGUCAACAAGGAGAGCAUGACUGCCAUUGGGGUCCUCUUCCCCACCUUGGCCAUUCUCAUGCUCGGAGUGCGCGUCUAUGGAUUCUGGUGGCAUUCCUCCCGAGGCAUCGCCGUCGACGACGUUUUCGUCGUGCCCGCCGCGUUCUUAAGCGUAGCGGCCGGCGUUGCUCUCGUCGUCGGAGCACAAACGAACAUCAUCGGUGGACACUCGUAUCCAACCAUCGCUCGCGCUGAACAACUCGCCCUCGGCAAGUUCGAGUACGCCUUUUGGAUCGGCCACGUGUUGGCCAUCGGCUUCAUCAAGUUGACUCUACUGUUUUUGUUUCGCGCCUUGUUCAAAGGCCGGUCCGAGAGAACAGCAUUCGAUAUCUCCAACUGGAUCCUCAUCAUCCUGGUAACCCUCUGGACCGUGGCCUUUCUCUUCCUCGAGAUCUUUGCAUGCGGGGCGAGGCCAGCUGCGAGCUGGGAGAGCCUUGAGUCACUGCGGACCAAGUGCAUGGACACGUGGGCCCUAAUGGCUGCCUGCGCUACUAUCAGCUGGGUCCUCGACCUCGCCAUCUUUAUCGAGCCGCUCGUCAUGAUCCGGACGCUCAACAUGAAGUUUAAGAGAAAGAUCCAGGCAUCUGUCGUUUUCCUAUUCAGUUUCUUCGCUGUCAUUGCUGGGCUCUUGAGGAUGAUCCCCUGGCUUCAGAUCUUCACCCAGGGCACCACAAAUCCGUUAGUCAGGGUCUUAGCCACAGAUCUGUCAAUCCUCGACCAGCAGGGGAUUGCCUCCAUCGUCCUGUUUUGGACCUAUAUGGAGAUCGGAAUUGGAUUCCUGAUCUCCUGUGUCCCACGAAGCGCCUGGGUGCUCGAUAGGUUCUCCCUCGCCACCCUCAGCCCUCUCUUUUCCAAGCUCCGCUCCUUCACUUCCGUAACCUCCUUGUCUGGGCGUUCUGGAUCCAAGGUCGACCAGACCUCGCGCACCUGGGAGACCAAGACCAAGGGUGGCGACCAUUCCCAGCGCGACCUCAUAUCAGGGGUUCCGCCAAAGACAUCGUAUAGCCAGCCUUCAUUUGACGACAUCCCCCUGGCUACCAUGCCAGAACAGAAUCGUCGGUCUUGAAAACUGAUUCCCGUUUGGCUCCCGAUGCUCGGGUAGAGUUUUAUUAUUGCUCGUUUCUAGGUUAGUUGUGAUGUAUUAUUAGCGUAAGACAAAAACGACCUUUAAAACACA